AUGAUAUUCGUUUUCAUACGGAAAGCACAUACACGUUUUGCUACAGAUCCUGUCGCCAAAUUCGUGCCAGCCACCGCUCUUGCAAAGCCAGUACGAACCAAGGGUGCUAUCGGGGUAUGUCAGCACAAUAUUGUCUACGCUUAUCAACGAUGGGUUGUGAUUAUUGCCUGUCAUCUCACACAUGCUACCGCUUUACAACGAAUACAGGACUACCACAAAGUGAUGAAAACUCUCAAAUUUCAAACAUUAUGUAGCUUCAAGGGUAGUGACGACAUAUUCCACGCUGACUGUGUAUUAUGGUUGGGUGAUCUCAAUUUCCGCAUAACACAAGAUUCUGGAGUAGAUUGGAAGUCUCAGUUGCUUGAGCCAAACACUCGUGACAUCGAGAACACAAUGCAGAAUGAUGAGCUCGGCUUAGUUCGACAAAAAGAACUCGCUUUCUCGGAAUUCUCCGAGGCUCCUGUUACUUUUGCUCCAACGCACAAAUUCGAAGUAGGAACAAACGACUAUGUGCCCAAUCGCAUUCCUUCUUUUACGGACAGAGUACUAUAUUGGACAAAACAACCAAACUGGAUUGAAUGUACCGCAUAUAACUGCAUACAAAAACCAUCCCAGUCCGAUCAUCGGCCAGUCUAUGCGAUAUUCCGGUUAGAGGUGAUCAACAAAAAAUCGCCCAGACGAUUCAACAGUGACCAAGUUAAUAACGAAAGCUCACGAUCCUCACCAGCCGGAAGUCCCACUAGAAAUCUACUGCUCAAGGAAAAUUCAAGCCAAAUGUGA